CUCUCGACCAUUCACCUCUGAAUGGUGAUGGCCUAAUGGGACCACUUUCUUUUAUCUGUUUGAAUUUUGUAACCCAAUAGAUGAGGAGGAACUGAAUUCUGAAACAAGCUUCUAGCAUUUAGCAUCAGUUUCCCUUAAUUUGGUUGGACUGCUUCUGAAAAUGAAGAAAAAUAGAAUCUGAGGAAUAUCAGAAUAUAUAAACAUUACUCAUAAUGCUUAUCCAUUCUCCGGGUAAUCCAGCUCGCUUUAGUAAAGGAACAACCUCAUCACAUGUUGAAGCUGUCAAAACCCAUAAAACCAUCAUAAACAACAAGAGUCGUGCGUAUCUUGCCAAAGCCAGCAGCCGCUGCUGCUUGACCAUUGCAAGCUUUUUUGCAGCUUAUUGCACUUUUGUAGCCUCCGCCGCAGGGGCAAUAGAUGCACCCCAACAAGCUGCUGAGACUCUACUCAACGUUCCUCAAACACUGUCCGGCGACUGUGCAUCAUCAGCCAAGGAUUGCAAAAAGGCUAGAAUCCAACGGCCCAAGUCACGGAAGGCAGAGACAUGCACUGUCAAGUGUGUCAACACUUGCAUCCGGGGCGGUGAAGGAUCACCUGGGGAAGGCCCUCUCAAUAUUAGAAGACCUCUAGUGGUUUUCAAGCAAGGAUUUCGAAGCCGUCAAUACUGUUUGGUAGAAUGUUCGGAUAUCUGUAAUUUGAUUGGAGAUGGAGAUGAUGGACCUUAAAUCGUGAAUUAAUUUUCAAUUUAUCAUUUUAAUCAAGCUGAUUUGUAAAAUUUAAUCAACGCUAGCCACUUGAUCUUUUUGUUUCUUCCUGUUCUCUUUCGAUUUUAAUUUAUUUCAAUUUCACUUAAUUUUCAUAAUUUUAAACAUUAAAAAAAAUUAAUUUUGUGAAAUAAUUUCUCCAGCA